AUGUUUCAGGAAGCAAAAGAAGAUGAAGAGGGAAACAUAGUAAGUUGCAAAAUGCACGACCUCGUGCAUGACCUUGCUCAAUCAGUCGCAGGGGUCGAGUGUUUUCGGAUAGAGAGGGCCAGGGAUGAAGAGGUGGCUCAACCACCUACUAUAACUAUUCCGGAAGGAGUUCGACACGUGGCACUUCUUGACCAUGGAGGAUAUAAUAGCACUAACGGCAUUGAAUUCUGGUCACAAUUGAAACUUUCUAAUAAGGUGCGGACUCUAGUACACUUGUCCCAUGAUUAUUAUUUUGGGAGAUUUCCAAUUGAAAGACUAAUGAGCUUACGUGUGUUAGACUUGCACGAAAAAACUGUUGAGAGCUUGCAAAUAAGUAGCAUAGGUGAAUUGAAGCACUUAAGGUACCUUGACCUCUCUUAUAAUCUGGAUAUUGAGACACUCCCUACAUCAAUUACUAAGCUCCAAAAUUUGCAAACCAUGAAGGUUAGAAAUUGUGAAGUUGAAAAAUUGCCAGAAGAUAUUGGGAAUAUGAAGAGUCUAAGGCUUGUUGACCUCUCUUGGAACUGGACCAUCAAAGCACUCCCUGCUUCUACUACAAAACUAGAGAAUUUGCACACUCUAAAUCUUAGUAGUUGUCAUCUUGAAGAAUUGCCAGAAGAUAUUGGAAAACUAGAGAAUUUGCACACGCUAGGUCUUGGUGAUUGUAUACUUGAAAAUUUUCCAGUGUAUUUGAGAACAUUGACAAAGAUCAAGAGAAUCAAGGGAUUGGGGUUACCUGCCAAACAUAUUAAGGAGUUGCAUGGCCUGCACCAGCACCUAAGUGGUACUUUAUCUAUUGGGAGAGUUGAACAAAUGAGAGAUGGCAAGGAAGCAAACUUGAAGGAGAUGCCAUACCUUUCAGGCUUGGAAUUAAUAUGGAAUAAUUCAACGUAUGGGAAAGAAAUAGAUGAUAACAAGGCAGUAGAAGGAGAGGAAAAUGUAUUGGAAGGACUGCAGCCACAUCCAAAUCUAAAGGAGUUGAAGCUAAGAGGGUAUGGAGGGAUGAAAUUUGCUUCUUGGAUGAUUAAAUCCUCGUUGCUCCCAAAUCUAGUGACAAUCGUAUUAGAGGAUUGUCCAAGAUGCGAAUCUCUAGAGUUCUCAGGUCCACUCCCUUCCCUUGAGGCUCUAUGGCUAUCUAAAUUCAUAUCCCUCAAGAGCAUUACAAGAUCAAUUGAUGAUUCUUGGCACAUGGCACAUGUAGAGAGAGCAACCAAGUUGUAG